AUGUCUGGGGAAGUUAUAUCGGAUAUGCAGCGCCCAUCGAGUGGUAGUGGUGGUUUUACAGCAGCCACUAAUACUAAUACUCCUACUGUUAAUACUACUAUUCCUAAUAGUAAUGUUAAUACUACUAUUCCUACUAAUAGUACUAAUAGUAUUAAUAAUAGUACAGCUACGACAGUACCAAAGAUCCCGGCUGGAAUGGAUCCAACCUAUUACGCGUUAAGUCUUCUCCACCGUCGUCGUCUGGAUGCCUGUAUUGCUGUAUCCACACAUUAUCUAGAUCUCUUUCAAACUCAAAUGCGGCAAACCUCUCAACGUGGACAAUUCAAUGGAGUACAUGAGCCCUUGUGGUUUAUACAAACCAAAGCUCUCGUCCUGCAGAAUUGGUUUGAUGAACUCGACGUGGAUGAUGACGGCGUGGAUGAUGUCCUCCUCGACGGCGAACAGGCCAUUCUCUCCAGUGCCCCACGGCCAGGCACAUCUCUACAAAACCAAAACUCACUUUUACAGAGAAAUACACAAACACGAACGGGAACUCGACAAGGAACGGCAAGACCUAUUAGUAGUCGAUAUGGCUUUGCACGGCCGGGAACUCAAAGUCAACGAAUUGGCACUUCUUCUUUUAAUAAUAAUAAUAAUAAUAAUAAUAAUAAUAAUAAUAAUAAUAAUAAUAAUUUGCGGCCCAUCACAUCUCGAUUGGCUCGCAUUGGCACCGCAUCUCUACAAGCCGUUCCAGGCGGUCCACAUUUAGAUGUGAGGAAGAUUGAUUUGGAGAAAUAUGCCCGCACAAAGCCGAUGGUGGCCAAACUCCUCUGUGAUUAUCUCUUGCAUGUGGAACACCAACCACGAAUGGUGUUGGAAUUGGGAGGAGUGGCAUUAGAAUUACAACAACAACAACAACAAUCAUUAUUAUCAUUAGAGCAAGUAGGUAUGAAAGAUUGGUGGUGGUUGUCAAGAGUGGGACAGGCAAAUUAUCGAUUAGGACUUUUACGAGAAGCUGUACGAAAUUUUAAAGCCGCAUUGGAAUUACAAUAUAAUACGGCAGAGGCAAUGCGAUUAGCAAAAGUAUUUAUGAAAAUGGAUCAACCACUCACCGCCUUGGAAGUACUCACAGAUGCUUCUGAAAAGAAUCCAGUAGAUCAUCAUAUUAUUCUUGGUAUGGCUCGUCUAUAUGAACAACUACAAGAUAAUGAAAAUGCAUAUCAGCUCUAUAAACGGGUUUUACAACUUGAUAGUAGUAAUGUAGAGGCUAUUGCCUGUAUUGCGGCUCAUAUGUUUUAUGAAAAACAACAACCCGAACUUGCCUUACGUCUCUAUCGUCGAUUACUUCAAAUGGGUAUUCAAACUACAGAGUUAUGGAAUAAUUUAGGUCUCUGCUGUUUCUAUAGUUCACAAUAUGAUAUUGCCCUGAGUUGUCUCUUACGUGCGGUUGCCACUGCUGGGGAUGAUGAUGUGUUAGCAGAUGUAUGGUAUAAUAUUGGACAUGUUGGGAUUAGCACCGGUGAUCGCACACUUGCCCAUCGUGCCUUUAAACUUGCCGUUGGGGCUAAUCCACGGCAUGCAGAGGCUUUAAAUAAUCUUGCGGUUUUACAAUCUACACUUCCACAAGGUGGACAGGCAGAUGCGGAUCUUGCAAUGGCAUUAGCCGUAGACCCUGAACAACAUGAGUCUCUUUACAAUGCCGCCUUACUGGCGUAUAGAGCCGGGAAUUAUGAGAAGGCGUAUAAUUUACUUUCACAGGCAUUAGAGGUAUGUCCAGAUCAUCCACAAAGUGUGGCGUUGAAGGGAGUUUUGCGUACAUCUCUCUCAGCCCUAUAA